UUUUCGAGUGGGAAGUGAAAAAAAAAAUAACCCUCUGCGAUCACUUUUUUUUUUUUCGCCGUAAAAAACUCGGAUUAAUUUCCGGAUUAUUUAUUUUUCGGCGCCCGAGGCGUGCGAUCGGAGGGGGGCGCCGUCCGGGGGUGCUGUGAGGAUGCCACAUCCGAUCAGGCUUCGCCCUAACCCUCUAUGUGUCUAGGCCACUUGGGUCCUGCAUUGAGAGCCCGUGCUGGGAUGACUCGGAGACCCCGGGCCGACUGCUGCUCAAACACCGCGUUGACAUGGACGAUGAAGAUGGCCGAUGUUUGCUAGAUGUAAUUUGUGACCCCCAGGCUCUGAAUGACUUCUUACAUGGAUCCGAUAAGCUUGACGGAGAUGAUCUGCUGGAUAACGCAGGAGAUGCAGCGAAUGCCUUCUUUGUGGGCACUGGGCUUCAUGUUCAGGAGACUCCGGGGAACCAUUUAACUACAGAACCCAACCAAUCAACUGGUGGUGUAGACUUGGACUUUUUGCCAGAUGACAUCCUUGGGUCUCCAUCUGCGGCUAAUGCAAGCCUUGCCAACUCUGACCAGACAUGCGACAUCCUUCAGCAGAGCCUGCAAGAGGCCAACAUCACAGAACAGACUCUUGAAGCUGAGGCGGAACUGGACUUGGGCUCCUUUCAGUUGCCUAAUCUGCAGCCUGUGGGGUCAGCUGCUCCAGAUGGGACUCCCCAAAUAUUUUCUGGAGGUGCUGACCUAAUUGGACUGCAGCAGCCAGCAGUGUUGACUCAUCAAGCACUAGUUCAACAGUCAGUGGGGGCAGAUGUGGUCAACAAGGCCAUCAGCGUUCAGCCAUUCAUCCAACAAGUUGGCCUUGGUAAUGUUACAAUUCAGCCAAUCUCCAACCUCCCAGGGUUGCCCAAUGGAAGCCCCGGGGGAGCUUUGGGCAUUGGGCAACUACAAGUAGUUGGACAGCAAGUGAUGGCCAUCAAUCAGCCUACGCAGCAGAUCAUUGCCAAGCAAGUACAGCCAACACAGGUAGCCAACCUACCAGUAGGCAGCUACCUGACAGGGGCUACCUCUGAGCAGCAGCAGGUCACUCUGACAUCAAGCGGGGUGUCGCCGCAAAAUGCAGGGUUGGUUUUACAGAACAAAAUUCCCACCACUUUAAAUGGGAGCUCCAUGUUUGGAACCGUGUCGACUACCCAGUGCACACAGUCCUUAACUGUUACUUCCAAUCUGAACAGCCCGGUUAUUAUACAGCGGACUCCAACCCCAAUACAACCCAAACCUGCUGGCGUUCUCCAACAGAAGCUGUUUCAGAUUUCCCCCAAAUCUUUUGCUCCCAACAACACACUGACCAUUCAGGGAGAAGCAGCUCUGCAGCAGAAAGCCCAACAAAACCUGACAUUUAUGGCUGGUAAGCCUGGGCAAAAUGUGGUCCUGUCAAGUUUUCCCCAGGGCCUUCCUGCCAAUGUGUUCAAACAGCCUCCCCCACAGCAGCAGGGAAUGGGUAAACCCAUGAGUGUCCAACUCCUAAACCAAGGCAACAGUAUAGUUAUCCCGGCCCAGCAUGCCCAAGCAAUGUUACAAGGACAGAACCAGUUCCUCUUGCCGGGAGCUUCAACCGUCCAGCAGCUCUCUGCACUGCAGGCCAACAUGAGUGGUCAGAUCUUGGCUCAAGGAGGCCAGCUUCUCAAUCAGGGUUUGCCUGCCCAGAUUCAAAACCUUGCAAACCAGCUGAACUUGGGGCAGGUCCUCACUUCUCAGAAUGCUCAUGGCACAGCUCAUAUUUUGUCGGGGCCUAUACAGCUUCAGGCGGGGCAUGGGGGUCAACCCACAUUGUUCCAGAUGCCUGUAUCCCUUGCCAGUAGCCUAAGCACCCAAAGUCAGCCUGCAGUAACCACGUCUCUGAACCAAGCUGGGCAAACCGUCAUCCAAGGAGUGACGUUGCCUAACCAGGUGGCCAUGUUUAAUCCAUCUGAUGGCAUUGGUCAAGCAGUAAGCAUCCAGCAGGCCUCAGCGGGCAGCAGACAGAGCCCAGGAAUAGUACAAGGGGCCAACCUCCUGUCUAGCACAGAGCAAACCUCUAUCCUGACCGUCCAAACCACCCAGCAGUCAUCACAAGGACAAGCCCAGCUACAGUUGAAUGUACAGCAGCAGCAGCAGCCGCCACAGCAGCCUUUAGCACCUCCACCCCCUCAACAAGCGAUGCCAAGCCCCAGCAUUGAUCCCAGCUCCGAAAAAAUCAUCCUUAGCCAGGCAACGCCAGGAAAUAUCAUUAAUGCCGAGUCCAUGCAGAUGUUCCUCCAGCAGAAGGAACAGCAGCAGCAGUUAUACGAAGCGGCGUUGAAAUCUCAACAGGAAAGCAGCCUGGUUCAAACCUCGGCAGCCGCACACCUCACAAUGCCAAUCUACAGCAUAGCCGCUUCCGGCAGCACUUUGAGCAGCAGCACCUCCAGCAGCAGUAGCGUUCCCGCCUCCGUCAUAGUGAGCAGCAGUGCCGGCUCCACGGCCCAGUCCAACCGCGACCUGGCCCAGAACCAUUCAACAACGCCGGAAUCCAAAGGACACUUACCUCAUUUCCCUGCCAGCCAAUCACAGCAGGCUAUGUCCUGCCAGAUUCCCACCGGACAACAGAAGCUUCCAGGAGCCUCGCCUUCCCACACACUACCUCACCCACCCAGCCCACAGCUGCAGGCCUCGGCCUCCCACCAUUCACAGAUGCAGUCCCCCCACCAGUCACGUCCUCCUUCUCGGCCACCCUCUCGUCCCCAUUCUCGGCCUCCAUCCCAACCUCAGAGUAUCCCUCGCCCUCCCUCCGAGCCCCUCUCCCGAUCCUGCACUCCUCAAAUGCAAAGUCUGUUCGUCAUUCAGAACCAAAUCUCUUCACCUCACGGUUCUUCCCAGCACCCUCAUCGUCCUCCUUCUCAGCCUCAGGUACAGACACCUUUCCAGUCUCAUCAGUCAAUGUCUGCUGAGAUGCAGCAAACCCUCUCGUCCCCUCAGCAACAUAUUCAGCUUCAAGUACAGCUGAGCUCUUCCCAGUCAGAAAAUCGAACAGGUAUGCCAAUUUCCCUUCAGGCCACGCCACCCACCUCCGAUUCCUCCCAGACCCACUCAUUCCCUGUGCAGUUCCAGACUCAGUCAUCUAUUAAACCCCAGGGCCCCACCCAAUCCAUUCACAUAACAUCGGAUCAGCAACGUACCUAUCAGAUGACCCCCAGCCAGUUCCAGGCUUUGGCCAUGUCCAGCACCCUGCCACAGCAGAAACAGCUGUUGGAGAGGUAUCAGCAGAUGCAACAGCAGGGUCUGAUGAUACAAGCUCAUCAGCAAGCUCAGCAGCAACAAGGGGGCGCCCAAAACUCCCCUGCUCUCGCUGGACAGUACAAUGCUCAGUCGUCUUCAGUGUUGAUCAGUGGACAGGGGCAGCAAGUGCAAACGCAAGCUUCUCUGCAUGGGCACUCCCCUGGCCAGGUGUUGGUACAACAAACUGCUGUGGGACACGGUGAUAUGACAAAGAUGCAGACGGGAGCCAUCAACCAGGCGGCUCAGCUUUCAACACUACUCCAGCAACAGCAGCAGCAGCAGGCAUCAGUUCUAAUGAAGACUGCUGGUGGUGCUCCUGGAUCCCAAGAUGUGUCUUGUUUCCCCAACACGACUGUGAAAACGUCUGUGGUGCAGGGGAAACCUGCCAAUGCUGUUCCUGUGCAGACCCAGGCUAAAACCGGAGUGAUCAGCUCAGUGCCUACUAUCAGCCUGGGAAAGGGCUCCUUGCAAAUCCAAGUUGUUGGCAAAGGCAUCUCUCAGAUUGUACCGGCGGCCCAGAACCAGACACAGUUUGAUAGUAAGUUUGGAACGCUGAAAAAACAUCAAACACUACAGCCCAGCAAAGAAGCCUGCUUCCUGGAGCAGCUACAUAAACACCAGGGCGCGGUCCUGCACCCAGAUUACAAGACACCCUUCCACUCGUUUGAAGAUGCCCUGCACAGACUUCUCCCUUACCACGUGUACCAGGGUCUGCUGCCCAAUUCGAAUGACCUAAAUAAAGUGGAUGACGAGUUUGAGACUGUGUCUACUCAGCUCCUGAAGCGCACUCAGGCCAUGCUGAACAAGUAUCGCUUGCUGCUUUUAGAAGAGUCCAGGAGAGUGAGUCCUUCUGCGGAGAUGGUAAUGAUCGACAGAAUGUUUAUUCAGGAGGAGAAAGUUGCGAUGUCUCAGGACCGGCAGCUGGCAAAAGAGAGACCAGAUGAAUAUGUCUCUUCCUCUUCACGGUCUCAAACGGUACCCUCUUCUAUGGCAUCCAUCUCUUCCUCACCGUGUCCUGCCCCUGCAGCAGAGACCCAGAAAGCCACUGCAAUGCAGACCUCCACACCAAUACACCCUACCAAGCUAGUGAUUAAGCACAGCAGUGGUGGCUCCCCAUCUGUCACUUGGGCCAAAGCCUCACCGUCGCUUGAUGCAGAUGAAGAUGCACUCCCUUCACGCAGCAGACCUCCAAUCAAAACAUACGAGGCCCGUAGUCGUAUCGGGCUGAAGCUAAAGAUCAAGCAGGAGGCAGGGCUGAGCAAAGUAAUUCAUAACACUGCUCUGGAUCCCGUUCAUCACAACCCUCCACCACCACCUCCACCUCCGGCCCCUCCCACAACACCCGCCAGCACCGUCAUCAAGACAGUCAACCCAACUCCAGCCACAACCACCACCACCACACCCACUGGGCAGAUGAAUGGUACAUUGGACCACUCGUCGCCUGCUGAAAAGAAGCCCCAGGCAACAUUUUGUAGGCUACCCCUUCGUAAGACGUAUCGGGAGAACGUGGAUGCCUUUGUGACCGGUAAGCCGGUAGACACCAGGUCAGCGGUCGAAACGCCUACACAAGUACCAGUUAUGACCCAGGCAAUAAAGCAGGAAGAUGGAUCCAGAAGUGUCAUUACAUCCCACAAGGUUCAAGGGGUCCCAGAGAGUGAAAAGGUUAAGAAAGAAGAAAGCUCAAAGUUGGUGUUCUUUGGCAGAGGGGAAACCAAGACGAAUAACAAUGAAGAGACGACCAUGAGCUUGAGAAGAGAGGUCAAGGACGAUGAGCCAGGAUUUUACCGACAGGUGGUCAAGUCAGAACGAACAGAACACGAGUCCGAUUUGAAUUGGGAGAUGUCAAUUCCAUCAGCCAAAAGGUUGAAGUCGGAGCAGUUUGACGUGGACAACGCCAGCUUCUCCAGUGACAGCCCCCAGGAUGACACUCUAAAUGAGCACCUGCAGAGCGCCAUCGACAGUAUCCUCAACCUACAGCAGCCCCAGACCGGCGGAAGUUCCAACGCUCUUCUGCGUUCCUCGGCCCAGUCUUCGUACCAUCACUCCUCUUCCUCGUCUCCCUUUUCCUCCCCAGUCCACCGCACAGACUCGUACCAUACCCCCAACCACAACGGAGGCCUGGGGGCCAGGACGUUAAAUAGAUAACAGGGGAAGAAAACGAGCGAGCGAGCCGUGAGAAAUAAAUUAAUAAAUUGCCUGGGGAGACGAACAAUGGUGUCAUGCGCAGGACAUGAGCCGCCGCAGUACUUGGAGACAGGAGGGCACGCAUUUUCAGAUUAAGCCUCAAUUUCCUUUCCUUUUUCCCUAUUUGUCCGCACGGUGCGGCAAGUGGUUCCGUGGAGAAAUUGUGCCGUCUUUUAGGUGGAAAGUUGGGAACUUUCCGGCACAGGCCGGCUUUCUCCCCAGACAGAACUUUUCAAAGGACACAUUCAACUGGUGAUCUGUUGCCUUCAAAACUUUUUUUGUUGUUUUUUUUUCCUCCCCUAUUACCUCCCACUUCCAUCUGUUUUUCUCAUCUCAACUUGAACUGUCAAAAAAAAAAAAAAUUACAAAGGAAUAAAAAAAAAAAAACUUUCGCCCUUAAGGAGGAAACUGAAGGGACUGACUUCAAAACAAACGUAUUAAAGUUUAUUGUAAUGAUAUUUCUUUAAGUUAUUCAAGCAUCAAAGUCAGGGGAUUUUUUAUGUUCUGUGUUGUAUUUUUUUAUUAUUAUUAUUUUCCUAUCUGGGGAAAUAGCAAAUGAAUGCACAGUGCACAUGAUGGCGCUAUACAUGAAAAAUAUUCACUUUUUUUUUGUUUUUGGGGGUGCAUCAAGAAUAGAGGGGGUAACCAUCAGACAUUGGGAGGGGGGGGCAGAGAUCCAAACAAGGUAACUUCUACGUUGACAUGGAGUCGUACUAGUACGUCUGUGCUGGAUAGGGCAACCCAGUCCCUUCGUACCUGUCGUAUCCUUUAGAAAAAAGAGUAAUGAAGUUUAUGGAUGAAUAUAAUAAUAGCUGGGUUUUAGAGAAAGGUAGGAUUUAGGCUUCCUUAUAGACGGGUCAAACUUCAAUGAAAGUGGUAAGCAGCGAGUGUUGCUUCUCCUUGUCCUAUUGUGACAUUUCAAUGACUUGGGCGAUAUUUGACUCUAGAACGUUCCCCAGAAGAAUCCUCCCGGGUCCAUAGCGGCAGAAAAUGUCUCUGGGCAGCAUCGGGCACUUUGGACGCCUCUUUGCGUCAGUGACUCCUCAAGCGGAUCUAAUUUAUUAGGCAGCUCUGUGUGGGCGACUAGUGAAGUAAAGUGAGAUUCCCCCGUGGUUGCCAGCUGCUUCUUUUGAUGUUGUUUUUGUUGCAAAUGAAGCAAAUGACAACUUUUGGCAAACAAAGUUUGCCAUUGCUGACCUUCUUCCAAACAUGCUAAUAGCCUGGCUGUCAUGCUGAGUGAGCGACUCAGGUGUAUAAGGUUGAGGAUUAACGUGGCAGGCGGCAGAAGGUGGUCAAUGAGGGAGACCUUUGGCUGUCUUGCUGAGUGAGUGAGUCGGAAGGUGUUGAAGAUUGAGGAUUAACGUGACGGCCAGAAGAAGGUCAAUGCGGGAGACCAAAGGUUUCUUUCUCAAUGAGUUGCUUUCUCCUUGUCCUGUGUUUAGCUGAGCCCUAGGUGGCGUUUAGUUACCUAGUGGGCCGUGAUUGCCGUAACUUGGUAGGGUAUAAAUUGCACAUGGAUAACAGUGGACACUAUUAAUCUACCAAUGUUUCCGUUAGGCACGUGUGCCAAUUGUAUCACCUCCUCAGUAGUAACACAUGCGCCACUUCGAUGAGCCGCUUCAUCCAGACGUUGAGUCCCCCUUCCCCAUCGGGUGCUUGGAAUAGUUGAAAACGGCACAUAGUCCCAAAGUAAUUUGACAGACCAAGCCAGGUAUUAUUGGACAUUAAUACGAGUGGUAAUUGCCUGUCGUGAUGCCUCCAUGGUUUGAUUACGGAGACAGAUCAAAGUAAAUGGUAGUAAUAAAUGAAUGGUUCCAUCAUCAUGUUAGAAGCAGAACCUCCCCCGUGUGUCUUCCCUCAUCCAGACAGACGUAUUGUUAGUCUACUCCUGACUGUAAUAACCUCUCGCCAGUUUCGGUAUUUAUUUCCAUUCGCAAAAUGUUUUGAGAAAAAAAGAAAAGACAUUACCGCUCUCCCCCCUACAUCAUCUUUCACCCUUCCAAACCCUAAACCAACAUUAUGGUCUAAAUAUAGUACUAUAAAAGAAUUUCUACUGUAUUUAUAAUGUAGAAUGAUUUUUUUUAAAGAAUGAUGUACAUUUAGUACUUCUGUGUAAAUUAAAUUUGUUCCUCUUUUUAAAAACUG